CCAUAUUAUCACUCCGGACAAUAAUUCGUGUAGGUAUAUAAGACCGUACCAAAACGUACCAAAGUCAGAACAAGUUGAACCAUUCAACAGAAACAACAAAAUGUUCGCUAAAGUUUUGUGUGCCAUUAGUUUGUUGGUGGUGGUUUCUGCCGCCCCUCAGGAUUACCACCACGGCCAUGCCUCCUCUUAUUCUUCCCUCACCCAGCACCACACCCUUGGACACGCCGCCCCCGUUCUUGCCGCCGUGCACGCCGCCCCAGUAGUACACGCUGUGCAUGCCGCCCCCGUAGUACACGCUGUGCAUGCCGCCCCCGUGGUACACGCCGUGCAUGCCGCCCCCAUCCAUCAUGAAGACCAUCAUUAUGCCCACCCUAAAUACGAAUUCAAAUACGGUGUUGAAGACCACCACACUGGUGAUAUCAAACAACAGCACGAAACCCGUGAUGGGGAUGUUGUCAAGGGUGAAUACUCCCUCCAUGAACCCGAUGGUACCAUUUUGACCGUUCACUACACCGCUGACCAUCACAAUGGGUUCAAUGCCGUCGUUGAAAGGAAAGGAGACGCCGCUCAUCCUCAACAUGUUAAAGUUCUUGCUCCCGUUCAUCAUUAUUCAGUUCGAAUCAAAGCAUUCAAGCGUAACAAUAUGUACUCGAAAAUCGUGAGCUUUGCCGCUUUGGUGGCUUUCGUCAGCGCCGCCCCCCAGUACCACCACGGCCCUACCGCCUCCUACACCGUCAAACAACAGCACACCUACCACCACACCCCCCUUGUGGCCGUCCAUGCCGCCCCCGUCCACCACGUCCCGGUGGUGCACGCCGCCCCCGUUGUCCAUGCCCUUCCUGUAGUCCACGCCGCCCCCGUGGUACACGCCGUGCAUGCCGCCCCCAUCCAUCAUGAAGACCAUCAUUAUGCCCACCCUAAAUACGAAUUCAAAUACGGUGUUGAGGACCACCACACUGGUGACAUUAAACAACAACAUGAAACCCGUGAUGGGGAUGUUGUCAAGGGUGAAUACUCCCUCCAUGAACCCGAUGGUACCAUUUUGACCGUCCACUACACCGCUGAUAAGCACAAUGGGUUCAAUGCUGUUGUUGAGAGGAAAGGACACGCCGCUCAUCCUCAACAUGUAGCCAAGGCUUUAGUCGCCCUCCCCCUUCAUCACUAGGAAAUGAAAAAAUCAUCCCAUCUGCCAUUCGUUCAUCUGUUUUGUUGACCCUGUUUUAUAGUUUACAUAUUGUAUAGUUUUAUUUUGAUAAAAUAAUUACAUAAAAAUA